AUGACACAACAGUUAACUCAUCUUCUACAAGGAAUAAUUGAAAAAUUUACUGAUAAUACAAGAUUCUGCAUCAUUUGCAAUUACUUGUCUAAAAUUAUUCCUGCCGUUCAGUCACGUUGUACACGUUUCAGAUUUGGACCUUUAUCUCCCAAACAAAUAGAACCUCGGUUAAAUUAUAUUGUCGAGAAAGAAAAAAUUAAUAUUACUGAUGAUGGAAAAACAGCAUUAAUGGAACUUUCUCAAGGUGAUAUGAGGAAAGUUAUAAAUAUACUUCAGAGUACUGCUAUGGCAUUUGAUAUAGUAAAUGAAGAAAAUGUAUAUACUUGUGUUGGUCAUCCUUUAAAGUCGGAUAUUAAAAACAUUGUAACUUGGCUUUUAAAUGACGAUUUUGUUACUGCCUACGAAAAUAUAAACAAACUGAAAACUUUAAAAGGUCUUGCCUUACAAGAUAUUUUAAAUCAAGUUCAUUUAUACAUUCAUAGAAUUGAGUUCUCUCCUAAUGUGAAAAUAUACUUGCUGGAUAAGAUGGCAGAUAUAGAGUAA